UGGACUCAAUGGUAUAUAUGAAUGGCAAACCUAAAAAUGCAUUAACCAUUAAUGAAACAAAUCAAGUUCAUCUCUCGUGUUUUGUCGAUGGAAAUCCUACUCCAGAAGUCACCCUCCGCAAACUCACUGGGAACCGUCCCCUUGUACAAAUUGUAAAUCAUUGGUUAAACUACACAUUAAACAUGGCUCAGUGCUCUGACACAGGUACUUUCGAAUGUGUCGGAAAAUCCACUGAGUUUGGGAUUAGGAUUCAGUCCUUCAGUGUUAAUGUUCUCUGUGAACCUCGCCUUGAUGAAUUCACUUUAGUGAAAAACAUAUAUGGAUCAAAAAGUGGCCCGGAUGUUAAAGUUGUUGUGAGUUUACCAGUUGUUGCGAAUCCCCUAACAUCUACAUUAGGGUUUGUUUGGUUAGGACCGACAUUUGAGUCUAUAUCGAUUAAAGUCUCACAGAGAAAUGACGUUUUCUACAAACAUUGGAUCAACAGCACCAUUCCUGUUCCUGAUCGGAGAUCUUUCGGAACCUACUCACUGAAAUACAAAGGAAAAGUCUUCGCUGAUAUAACAAUUCACGCCGAAGGUGUAAGUACAGAUUCUAGAGAAGCCUCUGCUCGGACGACCUGGAUUAUAGUUGGAGUCCUCAUUGGUUUAUCUGUUUUGUUGCUGACGAACUUUGGUGUUUAUAAGUUUGCUUCUCAUCGAGGAAUUAAAACAGACUCGAUUCAACCACCUCAGCCAUCUCACGAUCUAAAAAUCACGAAUAAAGAAUAUGACGACGUUGAUGACGUCACUGUAGAAGCACAUGAUCAGAAUCCUUCUUCUCCGACAUACGAAGACGUAACGGAGAACACUGAACAAAUACAAUCACCGACAGAUUAUCAGAAUAUCAGUGGACAUCAAGAUAAUCAAUAUCAAGAGCUGAAGCCUGAUCAAAAUAGACUCUACUCGUCUCUUAAGCUUCAUUGAAU